AUGGGGAGACCGUUGGCACGUAGGAAGACGGCGAUGGCAACGGCGACGUUCGGUGGAAUUUCAGACGUUCGGGUUGGCCGACGGAAAACCCAAGCCAAGGGUGGAUCCACCGCCUGUGUGGUAACGCUGCAUGGGAAAUCGCUGCGGGCGGUGAACAUCGGGGACAACGGGUUUAUUCUGAUCUGCGGCAAAAAAGUCAUCUACCAAUCGCCGGCGCAACCAUACGACAAGAACCGACCGUACCUGCUGGGGAAGAGGAAAGGGUACGACGGGACGGAGAAGGCGGAGGAGAUCUGCCUUGAGGUGGAAGACGGCAGCUUGAUCGUGGCGGGAACGGAAGGGCUAUUUGAUAAUGUGCCGGUUGACGGGUUUGUAGAUCUGAUCUUUCUUGCUUGCCAAAAGAAUAACAACAUGACGACACCGGACCCGAAACAUAAUGCCACCUCACUAAUGUUUCCAAUAUAUCUGCACAUAUGUAUUGGAUGA